GGAGAAAGGAGGAUGAGAGAAGACAGGAGAACAUAGAGAGAAGAAGAGGUGGAGGAUGAGGAGCAGAGCGCAGCGCUGGAGUACGUGACAGUCAGGGUGUGUGGUCUCACAGCGCUGGUUUCCUGCCCUACUCUGCACUUCACACUGGAGGGGGAGGAUGGGGUCUGUGGUCUGAGGGAUCUGACGGCUGCUAACAGCUGACAAGGGGCGGUUGGGGGAGGUGUGAGAGAAGAACAUCUCGAGGCACAGAGAGAGAGGACCAGAGAGAGGAAGGGAGGAGAGCUCAGAGUAACACACUCAUACUUUUGAGCAAAAGAGACAAAGAAAGAGAAAAGUGUGUAGGAGAGUAACCAGAGAAGUCCCAACACGAUCCCACUGAACCUGACAACCAAGGGACAGUAGGACCAGGGGCUGUUAAAGGAUAUGUAACGACACCCACAUUCUGGACAGUGGACAGUCAAACUACAGCUGCAGAGUCUCUGACAUGGAGGGAAUCUGGAUGCACUGAAGAUCUGCUGGGCCUAAAGACACCCCAGCUUCAACACAAUGCCCACUCUUCCCAACACCUCUUUACCCCUGUCCUCCUCUUCCUUCCCCCUCUCCAAUGCCACCUAUCCCCCCUUUACCUCCUCCUCUCCAAACCAGACCCUAUGUAAUCUAGAUGACGGUGCCCUGCGCCUCCCCCUGGUCUUCUUCUACUCCCUCUUCUUCCUCCUGGGUCUGGUAGGUAAUCUCCUCGCCCUGUGGGUCUUCGUCCUCCACUCCAGGAGGAACUCUGUCCGGGUGUUCCUCAUCAACGUGGCCAUAGCUGACCUGGUGCUCCUGGCCUGCCUUCCCUUCAGAGUCCUCUACCAUGCUAACGGCAACCGCUGGGUCCUCGGCCCCCUGGUCUGUAAAGUGGUGGGCAACCUCUUCUACAUGAACAUGUACAUCAGUAUCACUCUGCUCGGGUUCAUUAGUCUGGAUAGGUAUGUGAAGCUGAAGGGGCGGGGCGGAGCGGGGAGGGGCCUGGCCAGGAGGCUGAGAGGUGGGGGAUGGAGCUGGGUGGCGUGCAGGGUGCUCUGGGGGCUGUCCCUGGCGGCGGCCGUGCCCAUGAUUGCCAUGUCGGAGGGAAACGAGGAACCUGGGAAGUGUUUCCAGUAUAAGCAGCGGCGUGGGGCGAAGGGGAAGGCUUACUUCAACAUGGUUCUGGUGCUGCUGUUCUGGGGGGUGUUCUGCCUGCUGGUGGUCUCCUAUGGGAAGAUAGCCAUGCACCUCCUCAAGGUGUCCAGGGAUAAACCUGACCUCCCCAAUGCCCACCGCUACGGUAGCGCCGCCAGGAAGUCCUUCUUCGUGCUCUUCCUGUUCACCGUCUGCUUCGGGCCCUACCACGCCUUCCGCCCAUUCUACGUCCUCUCCCAGCUCAGCCAAUCCCCAUCCUGCGAUUACUUGCGCCUGGUGGACAAGACCAAUGAGGUCAUGUUGUUGUUCUCCGCCUUCAACGCCGUCCUGGACCCUGUGAUGUACUUCCUGUUGUCGGGCUCGGUGCGCAAGGCCGCCGUGAAAGCCCUCGGACAGAGCCUCGGCAACCGGCUCCACUUCCUUAACGACGGGACCUCCAACAGCUCGGUAUCAGAGUUCAGACGGACCUCUCUGUCCGUCACCUCCCCCAACAACGUCAUUAACCCCUCCCAUGAGCCCAGGACCAGCCUCUGUCUGAUUAGCCCCACCCUCCACCCUGGCACAGCCAUAGUGGCAAAGCAGUGAAUUUACAGACCUCAUUGUUUAACUUCAUGGACUUUAGCUCUAUUUACAUUAUAAUGUAUACCAUGUACUCAACAACUGAUGCAUGUGACAAGGGCCAAUGUCUUGAACUAGACUCAGUUUCCAAGAAUGGACCUGACCAGAUGUCCUGAAUCAAAGUGCUUUACACUCCUGUUCAAAAGGUCAGGGUCACUUAGAAAUGUUUAAUGUCCUUUUUGUCCAUUAAAAUAACAUCAAAUUGAUCAGAAAUACAGUGUAAACAUUGUUAAUGUUGUAAAUGACUACUGUAGCUGGAAACAGCAGAUUUUUUAUGGAAUAUCUACAUAGGCGAACAGAGGCCCAGGCUCAACGCAAAACCCCAGUCUCAACGCAAAACCCCAGUCUCAACGCAAAACCCCAGUCUCAACUAGAUAGAGGAACUCUGCACAGAGGAACUCUGCCUAGAAGGUCAGCAUCCCGGAGUCGCCUCUUCACUGGGGUUGAGACUAGUGUUUUGCGGGUACUAUUUAAUGAAGCUGCCAGUUGAGGACUAAGGCGUCUGUUUCUCUAACUUUCUCAAACUAGACACUAAUGUACUUGUCCUCUUGCUCAAUUGUGCAACCCUUGCAAAAGGGUUUUGUAAAUCAUCAAUUAGACUUUUAAAAUGAUAAACUUGGAUUAUCUAACACAAUGUGCCAUCAAAUCAAUAUUUAUUGGUCACAUACACAUGGUUAACAGAUGUUAAUGGUCACAUACACAUGGUUAACAGAUGUUAAUGGUCACAUACACAUGGUUAACAGAUGUUAAUGGUCACAUACACAUGGUUAACAGAUGUUAAUGGUCACAUACACAUGGUUAACAGAUGUUAAUGGUCACAUACACAUGGUUAACAGAUGUUAAUGGUCACAUACACAUGGUUAACAGAUGUUAAUGGUCACAUACACAUGGUUAACAGAUGUUAAUGGUCACAUACACAUGGUUAACAGAUGUUAAUGGUCACAUACACAUGGUUAACAGAUGUUAAUGGUCACAUACACAUGGUUAACAGAUGUUAAUGGUCACAUACACAUGGUUAACAGAUGUUAAUGCGAGUGUAGCGAAUUGCUUGUGCUUCUAGUUCCGACUGUGCAGCUAUAUCUAACAUCUCCAUGUGAGAAGAGUAAUGUAGGGUAUGUAAACAUUAUAUAAAGUGGAACACAGGAGUGAUGGUUGCUGAUAAUGGGACUCUGUACGCCUAUGUAGAUAUUCCAUUAAAAAAAGAAAUCAGCCGUUUCCAGAUACAAUAGUCAUUUAUAACAUUAACUAUGUCUGCACUGUAUUUCUGAUAAAUGUUAUUUUAACAGACAAAAACAAAUGAUUUUCUUUCAAACACAAGGACAUUUCUAAGGGACCCCAUACUUUUGAAUGGUAAUGAAAAUGCCUGUGUCUGUCGGUUAACUAAUAUUGUCAAUAGUAUGUGACACAAUCAUAUCUGAUAUAACACUGUACAAAGCAAAUAAAUAUAUACGAUUUAAGCUCACAUGUAUGUGGUGGGCAACCUCUUCUA